AUGGCAAACUUCACGAAACUUGCCGACGUCUCAACUAACAAACAUGAUUCGAUUGUUUUGGUUAGAGUUUCAAAGAUGUGGGAUACGUUGGAGGCAGAUCUGGGUGAAGGUCUAAGUUUUCUUUUUGUUGACGAUCAGGGCACAAAGAUGCAUGCAUUUGUUGAACAAGGAAAUCAGAUGAAUAGAGUUCCGUUUGACGGAAGCAAGAAAGAAGAUUGCUCUAACGUCCAACACCGAAGUCACACCUGCAGCGGAUCAGAUGUUUUUAUUCCCCUUGAUAUUCUGCCUUAUGAAUAUGUCUUGGGCGACAGUUCUAAUGUUGAAAAUUCUUUUACCAGAGAUUUUCUAGGUUUUAUAUUUGAAGUGAACAUCACCAAGCUCACGGAAGAUGACUCCAUUCCUAGGAACGCACUAAACGAUGAUCCAAAAAUCACUAACUCGAUAGAUUUCACCCUCCAGGAUAACGAUGGUGCUCGAAUAAUUUGUCGUGCAAAGGGGGCCUUAGGAGCUAAAUUUCUACGAUUUUGGCUUUACUAUGGUAAAACGGAGAGCAUAGUAUGCCUCUUAACUGAUUGGCGGAUUCUUGAUAUAGAUGAUCCUGUUCAUGUCCAAAGUGAAGAAGGAAUCUCUACAUUUGAAUUCAAUCCUAUUGGUUUAGAUGAGGUUGAUUAUUUCACGGAAAUAAUGUGCUCUUCUGAUCCAGACAGUGAAGAAGAAGAAGAUGAAGAAAUGGAAUUUGAUUACUUCAACGGUUGUAAAAGCGAGAAUAAAAAGUGA